AUGAAGCUGUCAUUUCGGGACCUCAAGCAUGAAAAGUGGAGUAUUGAGGUUGAUGAAAGCGAUACAGUGAGGCAGGUUAAAGAGAAAAAUGCAAGUGCUCGUGGCUUUGGCGCCGAUCAAUCGCAAAAGCUGAUUUAUUCCGGCAAGAUCCUCAAAGACGAUGAUGCCAUCAGCAGCUACAAGAUCCAACCCGAAAAGGACUUUAUUGUAUGCAUGGUCCACAAGGCCAAGAAGGCCAAGUCGGUUUCGCCGGCCUCCACUGUUGCCAGUUCGACCAGUGCCACAAGUUCUGCGGCGGCGGCUCCAGUUGAAUCUGGCUUAGCAACAACUCCAACCCCCUCCGAGCCAGCUGCUCCUCCUGCUGAUGCCGCAAGUGUUCUUGCAAAGGGUAGCGAGCUUGAGGAGAUUACCAGCAAAAUUGUAAAUAUGGGGUACGAGCGGGCACAGGUCAUGACCGCCCUGCGCAUGGCCUUCAACAAUCCCGACCGGGCCGUAGAAUACCUGGUCACUGGCAUGGUCCCCGAAACCAGCGAGAGCAGUGAGCACGCUGCGGACGAUGUGGCCGCCAAUCAGCCUGUAAUUGAGGCCCCCACCAGGGCCGCCGAGGAGCCGGCCCCCACGGCAGCGGCUGGAGCCGGGGAAGACACCACCGAUAUCAAUCUUUUCGAAGCCGCCGGUCGGCAGACCACUGAAGAUGAAGAGGACGUCGAAUUCAUGCGCAGAUACGAUUCUGGCCUCCCAAGUGGUCAAAUCGAGACGUUCAGACAAAUGAUCCGAGAGAACCCAGGCGUUUUCGAGCCAGUCAUCCAGCAGCUGGUUGCUCAAAACCCGCAGCUAGGCGAGGUCAUUAGAGAAAACCCAGAUGCUCUAUUCCAAUUACUCCAAGGCGCUGACGAGCUGGAUCUCCCGGGUGACGAGGAAGAAGAGGAAGGCGGUGUACCUGGUGGGGCAUGGCGGCUCGAGAUCACUCCUGAGGAAAACGAUGCCAUCAACCGUCUAAUGGAACUCGGUUUUGACCGCAGCAUCGUCAUCCAGGCCUACUUCGCCUGCGAUAAGAAUGAAGAGUUGGCAGCAAACUAUUUGUUCGAACAUGGCUAUGAUGAUUAG